CUUAUAUUCUUUUCCAAAAAGUUUCUCCGCGGCUCCAGUUGAUUCCCCACUUUUCCCAUUCCGAAUGCCCUCUUAUGUUACCGAUGCUAACCUGAACAGCUAUCAACUGGCGUUCUGUGGUGGAGUUGCCGGGGUCGUUUCGAGAUUUGUCAUCUCACCACUCGACGUUGUCAAGAUUCGAAUGCAAUUGCAGACCCAUCGAACCCACUUCAAGUUUAAAGGCGAAACCCCUCCCCAUGUCAAAUAUUCCCGCGUUAUGCCCGCCCUCAAAACCAUCUUGAGAGAAGAAGGCAUUCGAGGUUUAUACAAAGGCAAUUUGCCGGCCGAAUACCUGUAUCUGUCCUACAGUGCUGUCGAAUUUUGGGCCUACAAGGAGUUGGAGACAUUGUUGGAAAAAUUAGAUAGCAAUCAGAUUUUACCGCGUACGUCCAAAACAUUUUUGGCCGGAAUGAUGGCAGGAACGGCAGCAACUUCGGCAACAUACCCUUUUGAUCUCUUACGUACCCGAUUCGCGAUUCAAGGCGAGCACAAGCAUUACACAGGCAUGGCGCAAGCCAUCCGACAUAUCUAUCGACAGGAAGGAUUGCGUGGAUUAUAUCAAGGUCUCUGGCCGACGGUGGUCCAAAUCAUGCCUUACAUGGGGCUCUUAUUUACAGGCUACGAUGCCAUUGCCGGGGCCUUUAAAGUGCUGAGAGAUGAACAAAUUCUGCCGGCCAGUUAUAAACCGACGCACGAUAUGAUCAGUGGAGCCUUGUCGGGUAUCCUCAGCAAAACGGCCAUCUAUCCAUUCGACGUGGUACGCAAACGAAUGCAGGUGCAAGGACCGUACUUGUCAGAUUACAUUGUUCCAGCCCCGAAAAUUCAAACUUCAGGUCAAAUGACAUUGUGGUCUUGCUUCAAGAACAUCGUGCAACAGGAAGGUGCGCGAAGCCUAUACAAAGGUCUGAUGCCCUCCCUGAUCAAGGUGGCUCCCGCCAAUGCAGUCACAUUCUUGGUAUUCGAAGAAUCAAAGAAAAUCUUGUUGUGGUGGAAGGAAGAUGAAGGUUAAAAAAGAAAACCUUGCCUCUUUCCCUCGCCUCUUUAUACAUAUAUUAUCACCACCGGUGGACGACUAUUCAUUAGAGACUUCCUGCAUCCGAUCCCUAUCGCUCUCGUUUUUCUAGAUUUUUCUGCAUUUGUACCAAAAAGUUUUUCAAUUUUAUCUUUCAUCUCUUGGCCUUUGGUUUGCCAUUGCUUAUUGUAGUACUUUUUUAUAAGAAAACAAAAACGUAAUUCCCAAGGGCUUUUGAUGUAAUUUGCAAUGAAUAAAAAACCAUCUGCGACUGCCUUUCCCUGUAAGCAACUCUCUGUUAUGCAGUUCUCCAAUGACUAGAAUA